CCUCCAAUGUCAGCUAAUACUGUUCUAAAACGUGUUGCUGCUGCUUUUGACUCCUCUCUCUUUCUAAGACCUCUUUGCAAGCUCUACAAGACUAAUAUGGCGUCCACUAGAGUGGUAGACAUGAGAAGUGACACUGUUACGACUCCCACCGAGCCCAUGAGAGCAGCAAUGGCUGGAGCAGCAGUCGGUGAUGACGUUUAUGGUGAAGACCCAACAGCUAUUGCUUUGCAAGGAAAAAUGGCUAGUCUUUUAGGCAAAGAGGCCGGCCUGUUCUUGCCUACGGGGACAAUGUCUAAUCUGGCAGCUCUGAUGUGUCAUGCUAACGGUAGAGGAGAGGAAGUUAUAUUAGGCGAUCGCUCUCAUAUAUCAAUAUGGGAACAAGGAGCCAUUGCUAGUUUAGGUGGGAUCUUCCCUCGACAAGUGAGGAACAAUCCGGAUGGGACGCUCGACCUAGACGAACUCGUUUCUAAAAUUCACCCCGGGGGGCACGACGGCCACUACUGCCUCACGAAAGCGAUAGUCAUCGAGAAUACUCAAAAUUUCUGUGGCGGGGCCCCGAUCAGCCCGGAAUACAUGGACAAGGUAGCGUCCAUUGCUAGGAAGCACUCUCUUAAGAUACACGUUGAUGGAGCAAGACUAUUCAAUGCUGCGACUGCUCUAGAUGUAGAGGCAAAGGAGCUGGUGAAACAUGCUGAUACUGUUAGCGUUUGUUUAUCUAAAGGACUUGGAGCUCCAGUGGGUAGUGUCCUCGUUGGAUCGAAAGAAACUAUUGAUCGAUGUCACAGGAUACGCAAAGCCCUUGGGGGAGGGAUGAGACAGAUUGGGGUACUUGCUGCUCCUGGGCUCGUUGCGUUGGAGACGAUCCUCCCUCUUUUGAAAACGGAUCACGAGAAUGCAAAGCUGUUUGCUCAAGGUGUUGCUGGUUUCGGGGAGUUUGGGGUCACGGUUGAUGUGGAAAGAGUUCGUUCUAACAUGGUUCUCUUUUCUAUCGAGCGUGAUGACCUCAGAGCUGAGAGGUUCUGUGAGUUCAUGGAAGAGGAAGGAAGUUCGGAUAGUCCUCCAUUUUUAAAGGCGAGAUUGCUAGCACAAGGGACAGAUGGUAAAGUAGUGAGGGCUGUGUUCCAUCAUCAGGUGAGCAGAGAAGACACUGAAGAUGUAUUGAAGAAAAUGAGAAACAUCCUUAGCAAGAAAUAUUAAUUUUUUUGAUUAUUAUUAAUAUUUAU